GUAUGGAAUGUUCUCGUGUUAGUGCGGCACGUUUAGCAGCCACAGUGAGGCGCAACUUCAGCGAAGGCAGCGACUGGAACGACGACAACGGAGCCAGCGGCCGUUUGGCUGAGCUUUUCUGGGUUUUGGGCAAAAGAAACAUAGGGUGCUAAAAUGACGAGAGGUAACCAGCGUGAGCUUGCACGGCAGAAAAAUGCCAAAAAGCAUACUGAACAGAGCAAAGGGAAGCGGAACGAGGAUGGUCUUUCAGCUGCUGCAAGAAAACAACGGGAUGCUGAAAUCAUGCAACAGAAGCAGAAAAAAGCAAACGAAACAACAAAAGAAGGCACAAAGUCCAAGUGAAAAAUGAAAUGGAAGAAGAAUUUAACUCACCGUUUUGAGAACAUCACUUGUUCGGCAUUAUUUCCUGAUAUUUAUAAGAAUGGGUCUGUGAGUUUGGUCUCAAAUCAAACUCAAAAAUCCAGGAUCUACCAAUCUUCCUGUGGCAAAAGAUUGCUUGUUAGAUUUAUUCUACAUGGUUAAAUUAUAAUGUUUGGGUUAAGCCUUCCCCCAGGCCGGUGCUACGUGCAGAGCACCAUCAGUGGUGUAAGCAGGAUGAGGUGGAACAACUCUUGAUGUAAAGCAUCUGUGUAACAGUUGUGUAUUUUUGUACAAAAAGUGUCCCUUUCUGGUUUCAAAUAAAGUGUAUCUUUUUA